UCAAGUAAAUUAGUUAUAAUAACAACACUAGUUAAUUGUAAUUAGUAGAGUAGUUCGAUGUAAAGGGGGAACGUAUCAUCACUCUCUCUCUCUCUCUUUUAACUCAUUCUCUUUGGAUCCAAAUCUUUCGCCAUCGACAAAGGAGAUCCUUCCAAAGACGAAGAAGUAGCAAACAAAAAUAUAAAAUCGGGAAGAGACUUCUCACACACACAAAAAAAAAAAACAAUCACAAACUCAGUUUCUCGUUCGCAAGAUUCAAACUUUCGAAAUGUUACUCUUGAGACUCUGAUCUCUGUGUAGAGGUUCUUGAUGGGUCUCUGUCACUCGAAUUCUCGACACCCCGACCGAGUUCCCGCCGGAAACAGCCCACUUCCGGCGUCGGAGUCCGUAAAGGCUCCUCCUUUAUCAACCUCCGGCGACGGAGACCACUCUGCAGCGACCAAUGAGGGCAAAAAGUCUCCGUUUUUCCCGUUCUACAGCCCGAGCCCAGCUCACUCCUUCUUCUCCAAGAAAACUCCGGCGAGAUCUCCGGCGAACUCCAGCUCGACGCCGAAGAGGUUCUUCAAACGGCCGUUCCCUCCUCCGUCUCCGGCGAAACACAUCAGAGCCGUUCUCGCGCGACGGCACGGCUCCGUGAAGCCGAACUCGGCGGCGAUCCCGGAAGGCAGCGAAGCGGAAGGAGUGGGGUUGGAUAAGAGCUUUGGGUUCUCGAAGAGUUUCUCGAGCAAGUACGAGCUCGGUGAUGAGGUUGGUCGUGGCCAUUUUGGGUACACUUGUGCUGCUAAGUUUAAAAAAGGCGAUAACAAAGGACAACAAGUCGCUGUUAAAGUUAUUCCCAAAGCAAAGAUGACGACGGCUAUAGCUAUUGAAGAUGUGAGGAGAGAAGUUAAGAUACUGAGAGCUUUGUCUGGUCAUGACAACCUUCCUCAUUUCUAUGAUGCUUAUGAGGAUCAUGAUAAUGUCUAUAUAGUCAUGGAGUUAUGUGAAGGAGGAGAGCUUUUAGAUAGAAUACUCUCAAGAGGUGGGAAGUACACGGAGGAGGAUGCAAAGACUGUUAUGAUACAAAUACUGAAUGUGGUUGCGUUUUGUCAUCUCCAAGGCGUUGUACACCGAGAUCUCAAACCCGAGAACUUUCUUUUCACCUCAAAGGAAGACACCUCUCAGUUGAAGGCAAUAGAUUUUGGUUUGUCAGAUUACGUGAGACCAGAUGAGAGACUCAAUGACAUUGUUGGCAGUGCUUACUACGUAGCACCUGAAGUUCUACAUAGAUCUUACAGUACAGAAGCUGAUAUCUGGAGUGUUGGUGUGAUAGUGUACAUUCUCUUAUGUGGAAGCAGACCGUUUUGGGCAAGGACAGAGUCAGGAAUCUUCCGUUCUGUUCUAAAAGCAGAUCCUAGUUUCGACGACCCUCCUUGGCCUUUGUUAUCUUCAGAGGCAAGAGACUUUGUGAAACGGUUGCUUAACAAAGACCCACGUAAAAGAUUAACAGCUGCACAAGCCUUAAGUCAUCCAUGGAUAAAGGACUCAAAUGACGCAAAGAUUCCAUUAGAUAUCCUGGUUUUCAAACUUAUGAGAGCUUAUUUACGAUCAUCACCUCUCCGUAAAGCUGCAUUAAGAGCCUUGUCGAAAACACUUACGGUUGAUGAACUGUUUUAUCUGAGGGAGCAGUUUGCUUUACUAGAACCUAGCAAGAACGGAACUAUAAGUCUUGAAAACAUCAAAUCAGCUCUGAUGAAAAUGGCAACAGACGCAAUGAAGGACUCGCGUAUACCUGAGUUCUUAGCACAACUGAGUGCUCUUCAAUAUAGAAGAAUGGACUUUGAAGAGUUCUGUGCAGCUGCAUUGAGUGUUCACCAGCUAGAAGCUCUUGAUAGAUGGGAACAACACGCUCGUUGUGCUUAUGAGCUUUUCGAAAAGGAAGGAAACCGACCCAUCAUGAUAGAUGAACUCGCUUCGGAACUUGGUCUUGGUCCUUCUGUACCGGUUCAUGCAGUUCUUCAUGAUUGGCUUAGGCAUACCGAUGGAAAGCUUAGUUUUCUUGGGUUUGUGAAGUUGUUACAUGGUGUGUCUAGCCGCACUAUCAAAGUUCAUUAGAAGGGUUUAGACAGGUCUGAAUAUGUGUGAGAUCUCUUCUCUCCCAAGAGCUUUGGAGGUUUAUAAUAUGGCUUUGUCUUUUGUGAUGAAAGCUGAGAAGAAGAAAAAAAAGAGUGUAGCUAAAAAGAGAUGUGUGUGUUAGUUUGUAGAAAAUGAAGAUGUUUUCUAAAUUUGGUAACUUGUGAUGAUUGAUGAUGUUUCUGACAUAUCUUCUAGAUUUGAAUUUGACACAAAUCUUAUUCCCUGAA